AUGCUUAAGGUUAUUCAAAGUAUAAUGGAGAAAGAUAUGUUGUAUAUUGAAAAGGUUACAGAAGGACCAAAAUUACUAACAAAGCUCACCAAACUUACAAUCCGAUGCGGCAACCGCAGUGGACAAGUAAUACCGCUCGUAGAGAGAGAGGAGUUCUCGGCUGGCGAAUGCGUACCAGGAGGUACAGCUGGGUGGGUCUCCAACAAGCUAGACAGAUGUCUUGGCGAAAUCAUGAAUUUACUGCAUACCGAUGGCACGAACGGUUGUCGUGGAAAUCUUAAAGGGAACAGUGGACGUGUUCGGAUGACA